CUCUCCCUCUCCCUCCCCCCCCCCUUUUUCGUUUUCUUCUCCACUUCCCUCUCAAAUCCCCGUUUCCCCGUUUCCCCUUUCCCUUUUCUUCUUCCCAUUUCUCAAUCCACUUCUAGGGUUUUGAAUCCAGAUCAUCCUUAAUCAUUCAAUUCCCCUUCUCUUAAUCUUCUCUCUUUCUGGAAGCUCUUCAAAAUCUCCCCCUUCUUCUCUACUUUCCUCUGGAUCAAUAAUUCUUCCCUUUUAAUUUCUGGGUUUUCUUUCUUUUUCUUGUUUGCUUGUGUUCUUCUCGUUCUUCUUAGGUUUCUUUUUCUGGGUUUGUUCAUAGCCUCCGUCUUCUGUGUUCCUUCAUUCUUGCCUUUCCUUUUCUGGGGUUUUCUCGUUGUUGAUCAUGGACUAAAAUGUGGAAGAUCUGAUUCUGUUUCUCGCCAUUCUUGGGGGAUUCAUGUCUUGGCUUACUCCCCUUUACCCUGAUCGUGUUUUGAUGGCGCCUUGUUAUUGACAUUCGUUUUCACCCCCCCUUGGGCUGCAAGUUCAUUAGUUUUCUCUCAAAAUGCAAUUCGCCAAGCUUGAUGAUUCUCCUAUGUUCCGCAAGCAGAUACAAGGCUUGGAGGAAAGUGCUGAAUUAUUGAGGGAGAGGAGUUUGAAGUUUUAUAAAGGAUGCCGAAAAUACACUGAAGGACUUGGUGAGGGAUAUGAUGGUGAUAUUGCCUUUGCAAGUUCCUUGGAAACUUUUGGGGGAGGGCAUAAUGACCCAAUCAGUGUUGCCUUUGGAGGACCUGUCAUGACCAAAUUUACAAUUGCAUUGAGGGAAAUUGGGACAUACAAGGAAGUUCUUCGCUCCCAGGUGGAGCAUAUGCUUAACGACAGAUUACUGCAGUUUGUCAAUAUUGAUUUGCUUGAAGUCAAGGAAGCAAGGAAGCGCUUUGACAAGGCUAGUCUUCUCUAUGAUCAGGCUCGUGAGAAAUUCCUGUCACUUAGAAAAGGGACUAAAAGCGACGUUGCUAGUCUUUUGGAAGAGGAACUUCAUAACGCGAGAUCUGCAUUUGAGCAGGCGCGCUUUAGUCUAGUGACUGCUCUUUCUAAUGUUGAGGCCAAAAAAAGGUUCGAAUUUUUAGAGGCAGUGAGUGGGACGAUGGAUGCACAUCUUCGUUACUUCAAACAGGGUUACGAAUUGUUGCAUCAGAUGGAGCCGUAUAUUAAUCAGGUGUUGACCUAUGCCCAGCAAUCAAGAGAAAGGUCCAACUAUGAGCAGGCUGCUCUUAGUGAACGGAUGCAAGAGUACAAGAGGCAGGUCGAUCGGGAGAGUAAGUGGGCAUCCAAUGGUUCUAAUGGAUCCCCUAAUGGAGACGGUAUUCAAGCGAUCGGUAGAAGUUCACAUAAAAUGAUUGAGGAAGUUAUGCAAUCUGCUGCAAAAGGAAAGGUUCAAACCAUUCGACAAGGUUAUCUCUCAAAGCGUUCUUCGAACUUGAGAGGCGACUGGAAAAGAAGAUUUUUUGUUCUUGAUAGUCGGGGAUUGCUGUAUUAUUAUCGCAAGCAGUGCAGCAAACCAUCUGCAUCUUUAGGACAACUAGCUGGUCAGAGGAAUAGUUCAGAGCUUGGUUCUGGCCUUUUGAGCCGCUGGCUUUCUUCCCAUUAUCAGGGUGGGGUGCAUGAUGAGAAAUCUGUAGCUCAUCAUACAGUUAACCUGCUCACUUCGACGAUCAAAGUCGAUGCAGACCAGUCCGAUCUUCGGUUUUGCUUUCGCAUCAUUUCACCAACCAAGAGUUAUACUUUGCAGGCAGAGAGUGCACUUGAUCAAAUGGAUUGGAUUGAAAAAAUAACUGGAGUUAUUGCUUCAUUACUAAGUUCUCAGGCUCCAGAGAGGUGUCUUGCGGCGGGUAGUCCCAUGGGAAGUUUUCAUAACAGAUCUACCAGCGAGAGUAGUUCGUUUGAAAGUUCAGACUUCGAUCAGAUAGCGGUUGAAGAAUAUGCAUCUGAAAGAAGCCUUAAUUCUUCUCAUAUGGAACGCCCUUCAAGAAAUUUGCAACAGCAACGAUCAGCGAUGAGAAUUGAGAAGCCAAUAGACGUACUUCGUAAAGUAUGCGGUAAUGAUAAGUGUGCGGAUUGUGGGGCUCCUGAACCCGACUGGGCAUCUUUGAAUCUCGGGGUUCUUGUUUGUAUUGAAUGUUCUGGUGUUCAUCGUAAUCUUGGUGUUCAUAUAUCAAAGGUGAGAUCCCUUACAUUGGAUGUCAAAGUGUGGGAACCUUCAGUUAUCAGUUUGUUUCAAUCCCUCGGAAAUACCUUUGCGAACUCGGUUUGGGAGGAGAUGCUGCAAUCCAGAAGUGCCGUUCCGGUCGAUCCUGUAACGACAGGCUUGUACAAGUCUGAUAAACAGCAUAUGCUUUCUAUCAGCAAACCUAAUCAUUCUGAUCCAAUAUCAGUGAAGGAGAAGUUCAUUCAUGCAAAGUAUGCUGAAAAGGCUUUCGUUCGGAAACCAAAGGAAAAUCAAUAUCCUCAUUUAGUCAUGCAACAGAUAUGGGACAGUGUACACUCGAACGACAAGAAAGCCGUUUAUCGUCUCAUUAUAAACUCGGAAGCAGAUGUAAAUGCAGUGUACACGCAACUGCCUUGUGGCUCUUUGACUCUUGCUAAAGUAAUGUUACUGCAGGAGUCGACUGGACUCGAACAACAUAAUUACAAAGCCAGUGAUUUCGUUGAAAGAUCUACGAGCUCUUCCAACUUGGGAGGUACAGGUGGUGAUGGGCAACCAAUGGAGGAUCUAGAAGGCUGCACACUCCUGCAUCUCGCUUGCAAAACUGGAGACAUUGGUAUGCUCGAGCUCCUUUUACAAUGCGGUGCAAACGUUAAUGCCAUCGACUCUCGACGUCAAUCGGCACUCCAUCAUUGUAUCGUUAAAGGCAAAACUGGGUUUGCGAAAUUGCUUCUUUCCAGGGGAGCCGAUCCACGGGCGGUGAACGGAGACGGUAAAACCCCUCUCGAGUUGGCAGUAGAGCUAAAACUUAAUGAUGUUGAGGUUCUUGCUAUACUGGCUGAUGCAAAUGGAUGACAUUGUUGUGGUCAAAGUCCUGAAAAAGGAGGAAGAAGGAAUAUAAGAUCAUGGAAUUUGUAAGAUAGAUCUGUAUUUAUAUGCUUUGGAGAGGUGGUGGCUUUUUUUUUUUUUUUUUGGUUUUUUUUUUGGUUUUUUUAAGGAAUCCAGUGGGAAGUGAAGCAGAGUGUUCUUGAGAAGGUUAAAGAGAGUGGUAGGUUAUAUAUAGCUUGCCUGCCCCCUUGGGCAAUCUUUGCAAGUUAGUCCAACAGAGUUGUAUUAUUGUAAAAUGGCCCAGUUUGGCUGUUGUCUGAGUGAAUAGCAGCAGCUUGAACUUGAAGACGAGCCAAGCCGAGCCGAGCCAAGCCAAGGGGCUCUCCCUUUUGUUUCUUCUUUGAUUUUAUUUUCCUUUUGCUUCCAUUUCUUGGUGAAGCUUUUGAUAAUUAUUAUUAAUCUCUAGGGCAUUUGUGUA